AUGAGUCUCUAUCUUCCCAAUCCUUGUCUUCAGGGAAUACUCUUGGCGAUAUCAACCCAUAAUGGACCUCAAUUAGUCUAUCAUUAUCCCCCAAGACCAAGAUCCUACGGGUUCAAAGCUACUCCUUUUACUGUUGACAAUGACCUGUUGAGCUCUGAAGAUAGUUCAAGCGAUAGCUCAGAUUCAGAUUCUAGCAUUGAUGAUAGCCAAGAGCCAUCAUCCAAGAUACUGGGGAAAAAGCUUUCUCAAAAACUGAAUGCUGAUAAUAUUGCAAAUUAUACAUCUGGUCAAACUCUAUUGGAUUUAUUGGAUGAACAGGAUCAGAGGAGAGAAGCGAGAGAAAAACGUCGUCGUCAUCAGAGUAGAAAGAAGGGUUCAAUAUCAUCAAACAGUUUGAAAAGAUCAACAAAUAACUCUGAGGUCAAUUCUCUGAUGAAUCAUCAUCAUCACCAACAACAGAAUGAUAAAGUAUUUGGAUUUGAUGUUGAGUUUUUGAGUGAGUUUGUUAGUCCACCAAAACAAUUAUGUAACAGUCGGUUCGAAUUGACUGUUGAUGACAUGGCGUUUUUAGGCCUGCCAAUUCAUGUCAAUGAUGAGGGUCGUUGGAGAAGUCAUAAUAAAAAACCAAACCCAGAAAAUACUGAAGAUGAGGAGCAUACUGAUACAGGCUCAAUGAGUAUGUUUCAUAUUGUUUUUGUGAUGAAUCCUCCAAUGGUGGAGUAUAACUAUAGAAUUGAUGAAAUGUUCCAUUAUGUUGUUUCAAGAUUGAGUCUGGUGUUGCGGUAUGAGCAAGCAAAGUCUAAUUAUGUCUGGAAAGAGGUUAAAAAGAUACUCAAGAUCAAAGAUAAUAAUGAAAAUUUAUCAAUUGAAGAACUUUACGUUAAGUUGAAAUCAGAGUCAUCAUUGGCGAAUGCCAUUGCUCAAUGUUUUGAUUCCAUUUCCACAUCAGAUAUUGCCAAUCUAGAGAUUAAUGAUAAACUUAUUUCAUUACAAAUACCUAUAAAAAACCAGUUCAGUUCUCUAUUACCGAAAACAACCCCAGUAUUACCAGGGUCUUACCUUUCAUCAACAACAAAAUAUAAUGAAGAGGAAAUGGAUCACAAUAUGGCUUAUAUGGCUCUACUUUUGCAAGACGAACCGGAAAAGAUUAUCGUUGACUUGAAGACAGAACCACUAAGCCCUUUGGCAAAUUUCAUAAGGAACAUUCAUCCAAUGAUGUCGUUGAACAAGUUGUCCAUGAUCAAUCAGCUAGACCUUGGGCAAGUGAAAUCUUUUGCAAACCAUUUGAUCUAUUGGAGAAGAGCAAGGGCUAUAAUCCCACUACAGGUAAAGAGCGUCUUUAUUGUUUCGCCGAUGGCUCCUAUGGAAUAUAUCGAUGAAGGAAUGAAAAUAUUUAAGCAUGAGUUUCCUUCACUACCAUCACUACCGUCAUUUCUUUCACUGCUUUCAAGCUCAAAGCCAAGACAAUAUAUGACUAUUAUCCCAAGUAAAGAUCAUAAAGAUAUUUAUCUUGAUGCCCUUGCCUGGUUAAUUAGACAUGGAUACAUGACUCAGUUGAUGACUUUUGUUUGGUUGAAGAUUUCAAAUACAAUUAAACUAGCAGUAGAGGAGGAUUUGGAGCGUGAAGGGAUUUCAAAGAGAAAUAAGGAUAAAGUGAAGUUCACUGAUAUUUCCACUGAUAACACAAGUAAGGAUAAAGAUGGGAAAUCAGGUGAAAAAGUUGCAGGUGAUGGUGAAAGCACACAUAGCGGAAGAAUAACAACAUCCAACAGAAGAGAAAUUGAAAUUGAAGAAGAAGAGGAAGAAGACACUAUUUUGUUGGACCCUGAGAGGGCAACUGCUGUGGAAAGAAGAUGGAUAAGUAAAUGUAUCAAAGGGCAACCAUCAGAUUUGGUGGCACUUUUCCACAAAAUGCUCAAAUAUUUCAAUGGUAAAACACCUCUUGAGCUGAUAAUAGUGAGAGAGAACAUAUCAAGGCAUGAUCUGAAGAGGCUUUUGAACGGAAUAAGUGAACAUAUAAUCUCUGUCAAACAUUGGUGA